UGUUGUUUGGUCUUCGUCCAGUGAGUACUGAGAACUGUCGAGUGACAAUAUGACAAUUUAUUAUUAUCCAGCCUAGCUGCGGUGGCGCAUAAUACGAAGCCUAACAUGCAGAGUGCAGGGUUAUACGUAGGUCGAUGGCGGCAAUCAUCAUCGUGACGUCAAGAACGAUCGAUGAGAGAAGAAUAUAGAAAUAUAUCAAUCAGCUGAGGAUGUGAUCCGGGCCAGUCGAUCAAAACAGCAGAACAUAGUUCAUACCUCAUAUUGCCACGAUAGGACCAUUCCACACGAAUCACAAUGUCAAACCCCGUCUCAGGAGGAGGGCCUAACAUCCCCAACCCCAGUCGCUACGAUACCAGAUCAGCGAGACGCACCGCGGCCUCGCACCAGUCUGAUAUCGCAAACCAACUCGACCCCCGCGCUGACAGCUACCUGGAUAACCGCGCACAAUACCCCCCAGGAACGACGACACAGGGUAACGUUCAGGCCGGCGCGACGACUCUUGCCGCCAAUCCCCAGGCGAACAACCUCGGCCCCUACGAAUCCGAUUUGAAGAGCACGCUUGAUCCACGUGUAAACAGGAAGACCGGCGAGAUGGGUACCAGAAGCCAGGGAUUAGGCGCUUCUCAAGAGCCUGUUUUGGGCCGCUCAAAUGCUGAGCGAGGGGCUAUCGGCGGCGGCCCUGUGGGAGGCGCAUCGACGGGUUCGCCAGCUGCUCCCACUGCUGCGGCCUCGUCUGAUUAUCCUCACGAACGAUCGAUGUACAAUCCUGCGAGCGGCUCCGGCUUCACGCCGGAGAGGGAGAAGCGAGAUGCUGGAACCAACCCGAACUAUCAGGCGCCGACCACAACGGCGGGGACAGCUCCGAACCACGUGCGCACUGAUACUUCGGGCACAUUGCCAGGCCCGACGAGUGAGAAGGAUGCAAAGAAGGGACAGUCCGAUAAGGGGAUCAAAGGGGCAAUUGCUGGUAUUCACGGUGCUGGUGAAUCUAUCAGAGGAACGGUCGGCGCGGCGAUUGACCGUGCAUUCAAUGACCAAGAAGGUGUCGCCAAGAAUCAGGCUAUUGCUCGUGAGGGCGAAUGGGAGGUAAAGGCAGGAAGAUUUGCCAAUUCAACUAAGCAGCGCGAGGGAUUCAAGUCCGACCGUCAGUGAUUAUAUAUUUACCUCACAUGUGUUAUCGACUGGACAUAUCAGAGAUUGUUGUAUUUGACUGUUAUGAAAUGUAUGCAUUGAAAUCCCGCUCGC